AUGUCAUCGAUAACAUUACCACGUGACAUUCAGAACAUAGAUUUAUUUGAUCAAAAUUCAAAUAAUAUUAAUGGUAAAGAAAUAAACAAUAAAACUGUUGGUAGUUAUCCAUCAGAUAAUUAUGGACGUUAUUUUCAACAAUCAACAACAAAUCAAUUAAUGAAAUCUACUCGAACUUUAUCAUAUAAUGAAGAAAAAAUUCAAUUACAAUCAAAUACCAAUACUAAUAAGAAUAAUAGUUCAUUAAAACAUUUAUGUACACGAUUUAUACGUCGUUUUAGUAUAAACAAAGAAUAUCGUACACGUAGUGAAGAUAUGAGUAGAGGUUCAUCAACACGUUUUAAUAAUUAUCAAUCAUUUUCAUCAUCAACUGAUGAUUCAUAUAAUGAUUUUGAAUGGCCAGAUUUUGAAAAACUCUAUGAUUCAAUUCCAUCUUGUCUUGUAAACACUUUAUCUGGUCUUGAUGAUAUUUCAAUUGAAGAAAAAGAUGAUAACAAUGAUUCAACACAUACAAUAAAUUCUAUUAUUAAUGAAACAAAUGAACAAUCAAAUUUAUUUGAAAAUUGUGAACGUGGAAAAUGUUUUCGACGUAAUGCUAUAUGUCAUAAACUUGAUAAAAGUCAAUAUCAUAGACAAUUGGAUACAUUUAUACAACAAUUAAUGAUUGAAAAAUUAAUGAGAACAUGGACUUAA